UUCUCUGACUUGGCAUUAAGCCCCUCUCUUCAGUAGAUAUACUGGUCGGUCUACAUUCCUUUAGCUUGGUCUUCCUGGUUGAAGACGGAAUUUUUACUUUUGUUUGUAAAGCUUCAGGUGAUCAGGAAGUGAAAGAGAUGAAAAAUAGCUUGACUGGUCAGGAGGCUGCAGUCUCUCAGCAUGCUGGAAGGAAGGUGAUCCACACCUGAACUGGCACAUACACCUCACCCAACCAUGGAGGACUUUUGUAGGAACUAUUUGGAAUUUAUGGUGUGUCUAUGGGAUAAAAUCUGGCCUCCAGAGACGAUAAGGGAACCGUCUGCGCCUACCAUAGCACAUAAUACAUCCGGCAUGACUCCAAGUGUGGACAUUGUCAAUGUUUUGUAUGACUUUGAGGCCAGAGACCAGCAAGAACUGAGUGUGCAAGCCGGAGAAGAACUCUGCAUUAUCAGUGAUGAGGGGGAUUUUAUAAUGGCCAGGAAACUAACAGGAAACAUGGAGGUGGGACUGGUGCCGGCAAAUUAUAUAUCGUCUUUAAGUUUCAACCCUGAUCCCCUCCAUAGCACUAAUGCCAGCCAUUCAAUGACCGACAUUACUGGUCAACCCAACAACUACUGCUUUGAUAGCAACCCCAAUCUGAGCAACGAAGCCUGGUAUGUAGAAGUUUCCAAUAGACUAGAAGCAGAGAGAUUGCUGUUGUCCCCUCCUAAUGUCCAUGGCUCCUACCUGGUCCGCCCUAGUGAUACCAGUCUUGGACUCUUUUCAUUAUCAGUUCGCAAUGAGAAUAAAGUCACUCAUUUCCGCAUCAACGUGAACUCCAAGAUGGAGUAUUACUUGCAGAGUGGAAGAAGCUUCAAAACCAUCCAAGAACUUGUGAUCUUCCAUAAAACAAAUUGGAAACUUCUGAAAAGUCCUCUGCUGCAGCCGUGUAUGUUGGAGAUUGACCUUACUCAAACCUGGGAGAGGUCACGUUCGGAGUUCGAGCUGGUCAGAAAGUUAGGACAAGGAUUUUUUGGAGAAGUUUAUGAAGGAGUCUGGAAUGACACUCUAAAAGUAGCCAUAAAGACCUUCAGGGAAGAUGACCUCAACAGAAGUGACUUUGAGAAGGAGAUACAUGCUCUCAAGAAUAUUUGUCACAGGAAUCUCAUCCAGUUGCUGGCUGUGUGCACAAUUGGAGAACCUGUCUACAUUGUCACUGAGCUUAUGGUCAAAGGAAACCUAAAUGAGUACUUGAAAGGUCCUGAAGGCAAGCGACUAAAAAAUGCUGACUUUCUUCAGAUGAUUUGCCAGGUGGCAGAUGGUAUGGAAUAUCUGGAGAAGAAACAAGUUGUCCAUAGGGAUCUGGCCACACGAAAUGUUCUAGUUGGAGAAAACCUUAUCUGCAAGAUUGCUGAUUUUGGAUUGGCUCGGCUACUUAAGGAUGAUUAUUACUCUCCAGAAAACAAUCGCACUAUUCCAAUAAAGUGGACAGCACCCGAAGCUUUAAUGUACUCCAAAUAUUCUACAAAAUCAGAUGUGUGGUCAUUUGGGAUUGUGAUGUUUGAAGUGUACACCCUUGGAGAUAUGCCAUAUAAAGGAUUGAACAACCGAGACGUGGUCACAAAAGUCACUCAAGGCUACAGACUGCCGCAACCACCUGUUUGCACUAUGGAUAUAUACAACCUAAUGCUGCUUUGUUGGGAGGACAAACCACAGGAUCGGCCAAGUUUCCAGGAGUUGGUGGAAAAAUUAACUGUCAUUCAGAGGACAGUCCGGUAAAUAGGAACAACCCCUGACUUGUAGGAAAUCUGGAGAACGUCAAUAGCAAUUGACAACUAUGGAGGAUGGGAGUGUUCAUCAGUGGGUAUUAUACCCCUUGCCAAUGGUCAAUGAUGAGGAACUUCUGACUGCGAAAAUUUCACCUUGUAUUAUGACAGACAUUAGGGGAAACUUCUUUCCAUCAUGGCAGGAAAUUCAGAGAAUAUGACCACAGAAUAAUAACUGUACCGGAAAGGGUGAUACAAACUUGUGGCUGAGCUUAACAUGUACUCAGCAACCCAAGAUACAAACAAUCUGUAAAGAUUGUGAGAAACUUUUACAAAUAUCAUGAACAUUGAGCAAAUGUGCAAAGAAACAAAGAUAACAAUGUUGAUACAUCUUAUUUUUAACAGUGCAGUACUAUAUACGCUCCUUAUAUUGUAGAUAUCACUCCCAUCAUGUAAACAGGUUUGUUGUUCUCAUUACCCAGACAUGCACUGUGUAUAUGAUUCCAAACUGAGUGGAAGAAGGAAAGCGACAACUGCACUGAGCAGAUUUCCAGCUCAGAAAAGUGUUGUCACUUGUCAACUGUAACUGCUCCAGUAACACCCCAAUAUGAAUAAGAAUAUAACUAUUAUAUUACUGCUAUCACUGAGCGAACACAAAAUAUAACCUUUAAUAUAGACAUUAAAAAAUAUCAAAUAAACCCCAAAGUAUAAAUACAGUAAGAUAGUAUACAAAUGAUAGCUCAAGCCUACACCCAGGAUAAUAGGUCAAUGUAGUGCACGUACCAAAAAGCAACACAACAGGGACAAAAAUAACAUUACAACUGCAUAUUUGAUAUAUAAUAAUGAUGCGGUAAAGAACCGGGGGUUGUUGUUACAAAACUCAUGGUUACUUGAUACCAGACUGUAUACAGGGGUAGCAUCCAACAAGAUGGGGUAGGGAAGGUGUUAAAUCCCUAGGUUUUCCCUAUGGCUACCCCUGCCUAAAAGCGGAGCACCCGCCCCGAAAGGGGCGACCCCACUUAUCGGUGGCUAAACCCUGAGAGACCCUGCAUGACCCUGUUGGCUUCUUCACACUUCCCGACGCGUUUCGCCAGGUGGCGAUAUCCACAUGGUUCAUCAGAGGAGUUAUGGUCCGAUGAAUAAGUUCUGAAAAAUACACAAGAUGUGGGCACCAAGAUGAAAAAGGAGCUCAGUGAUAAUUAAUAUCCCUCCUAUUGUGCUUCAAUAUCAUAUUCUUUGUGAGGUUACUAUAUUACUGCCCUACAAAUCAUCCAGCUCAUAUGGUAGGAUAUGUCUUUAGGAUGCUAAAUGAAUUACAAAUAAAUAACAUUUUUUUUAUUUCAUGUUGGACAUUUCUUGCUGCCCUUUUGUAUAAGAAUAUAACUACUUGAAUACUACCUUCUAUGUACAAAAAUAUAACUACUAUAAUACUGCCCCCAUGUACAAGAAUAUACCGCUAGCUACUAUAUCAUUGCCUUAUGUACAAGAAUAUUACUACUAUAAUACUGCCUCCUAAGUACAAGAACUACUAUACUAUUGCCUCCUAAAUAACUGAAUAUAACUACUAUAAUAUGGUCCCCCAUGUACAAAUAUACAUAUAUAAACAUAUAACUGCUAUAAUACUGUCUCCUAUGCACAAGAAUAUAACUAUUAUACUAUUGUCUCCUAUCUACAAGAAUACAACUACUAAAAUGCUGUCUCUUAUGUACAAGAAAAUAACUACCGUAGUACUGUCCCUUAUAUACAAUAGUCAUAUUUAUUUAUUUAUUUUGUAGAUGACAUAGGAGAAGGUUUAUUAGGCAAGGUUAGCUGAUGACACAAAAGUAAGUAAUAGGGUGGAUAUUCCUAGAGGCAUUAAUAACAUGAGAAAACAUUUAGCUUUAGCUGAGCUGGUGAUGUCCCAAAGGUAACAGGCAGCAUUUACAGUGGCUGACAAAAGUAAAUUCUAAUAUUAAAUGCUAACUAGCUAGCAAUAAUUUGCACAAAUCGCCACUUGAAGGAGUAACGUGAAUAUUAACACACAUAAUAGAUGCCUGUUAAUGGCAUGACAGCUAUUACCUAAAAAUAUAACUGCUAUAUUGCUGCCCCCAAAAUCAAGUAUAUCCAGCUCACCUGGUAGGAUGUGUACUUUGGAGUUGAUAUGAAUUUCAAAUAAAUGAAAUUAUUUUAAUGGAUGUUGUUUCCCUUUGUAUUUAUACUAUAUUACUGCCCCAUAUAUACAAGAGUAUAAUUACUAUGAUAUUGCCCUAUGUACAAGAAUAUAACUACUAUAAUACUGUUCUUAUAUACCAGAAUGUAACUAUAAUACUGCCUCCUAUGUACAAGAAUAUAACUGCUAUAAUAUUGCCUCCUA